UCUCCUCUCUCUCUCUCUCCUCUCUCUCAAACACGCAGAUUCACGCACAGAGAGGCUGUAGUAGGCUAGGAAGACAACACUCGUGCGCACUUCUGAAAGGGGGAACACUCGUUCCGCCCCUCAGUAACGCUUUCCUUGUCUUAUAGACACUUAGAUUUUUUAACUGAAGAAAAAAAAAACAACGCUGCCGCAGUAUCAUGACGAACCGGGGCAUCCCCGAGCCCUGUGGAUUUUGAGGCCGACCGAAGCCCCAUCUCGCACGGUCAAGAAGACCUUGCCUCUCCAUCCCGGUGGUCGGGGGAGACGGAACGUCAAGGAGCACCAGGAGAAACACAUAGCUACGCCAGAGACACCGGACCGCGACCGAGACAGAACGACGGAAAAUGGCUUCGUCAAGUAGCACGUCCCCGGAAGGAGGGACACCGCCGCACAAGAACCGCAUUCGGCAGUCUGACAGUAACACUAGUUUCCUGCGUGCUGCGAGGGCUGGGAACCUGGACAAGGUUCUGGAGUUCCUGAAAGACGGAGUUGACAUCAGUACCUGUAACCAGAAUGGUCUGAAUGCGCUGCACCUGGCAGCUAAGGAGGGCCAUGAGGACCUGGUGGAAGAACUACUGGAGAGAGGCUCCGCCGUCGACUCUGCUACUAAGAAAGGGAACACAGCCCUCCACAUCGCCUCAUUGGCAGGACAGAAGGAAGUGGCUCGAUUGCUGCUGAAGAGAGGAGCCGACAUCAACGCCCAAUCACAGAAUGGCUUCACUCCUCUCUACAUGGCAGCCCAGGAGAACCACCUGGAGGUUGUCAGAUACCUGCUGGAGAAUGGAGGCAACCAGAGCGCUGCUACUGAGGAUGGGUUCACCCCCCUGGCCAUAGCCUUGCAGCAGUGUCAUAACCAGGUGGUUUCUCUCCUCCUGGAACAUGACACCAAGGGCAAGGUGCGGCUGCCUGCCCUGCACAUCGCUGCCCGGAAGGAUGACACCAAGGCAGCUGCCCUGCUGCUGCAGAAUGACCACAACGCUGACGUUCAGAGCAAGAUGAUGGUUAACAGAACUACAGAGAAUGGGAAGAGUGGGUUUACCCCCCUGCACAUCGCCGCUCACUAUGGCAACGUAAAUGUCUCCACCCUGCUGCUCAACCGAGGGGCCGCCAUAGACUUCACCGCCAGGAAUGGGAUAACUCCUCUCCAUGUUGCCUCUAAGAGAGGGAACACCAACAUGGUAGCUCUACUGCUGGAUAGAGGAGCUCAGAUAGAUGCCAAGACCAGGGACGGCCUCACUCCUCUACAUUGUGCAGCGCGGAGUGGACAUGACCCCGCCAUAGAACUGCUGCUGGAGAGAGGAGCACCCAUACUGGCUAGGACCAAGAACGGUCUCUCCCCCCUCCACAUGUCGGCCCAGGGAGACCACGUGGAGUGCGUCAAACACCUGCUGCAGCACAAGGCGCCUGUUGAUGAUGUCACCCUGGACUACUUGACAGCGCUUCAUGUCGCCGCCCACUGUGGUCACUACCGAGUCACCAAGCUGCUGCUGGACAAGAGGGCCAACCCCAACGUUAGGGCUCUGAAUGGGUUCACUCCGCUGCACAUCGCCUGCAAGAAGAACCGCGUGAAGGUGAUGGAGCUGCUGGUGAAAUACGGAGCCUCCGUCCAGGCCGUCACGGAGUCUGGCCUGACCCCCGUCCAUGUCUCAGCCUUCAUGGGUCACCUCAACAUGGUGCUGCUGCUGCUGCAGAACGGGGCCUCGCCGGACGUCUGCAACAUCCGUGGUGAGACAGCGUUACACAUGGCGGCCCGUGCUGGUCAGAUAGAGGUGGUUCGAUGUCUCCUGAGGAACGGAGCUCUGGUCGACGCCAUGGCAAGAGAGGACCAGACCCCCCUUCACAUCGCGUCCCGUCUGGGGAAGGCAGAGAUCGUCCAGCUGUUACUGCAGCACAUGGCUCAUCCCGACGCCUCCACUACUAAUGGAUACAGUCCUCUGCACAUCGCUGCCAGGGAGGGACAGUUAGAGACCACCGCAGUGUUGUUGGAGGCUGGGGCUUCACACUCACUGGCUACCAAGAAAGGAUUCACUCCUCUACAUGUAUCAGCCAAGUAUGGAAGCCUGGAGGUGGCAAAACUCCUCCUGCAGCGCAAAGCUAUGCCUGACGACGCCGGCAAGAACGGUCUGACUCCGCUGCACGUGGCAGCUCACUAUGACAACCAGCAGGUGGCGCUGCUGCUGCUGGACAAAGGGGCGGCGCCCCACGCCACCGCCAAGAACGGAUACACCCCACUCCACAUCGCUGCCAAGAAGAACCAGACGUCCGUCGCCUCGUCUCUGCUGCAGUACGGAGCGGAGACCAACGUCCUGACCAAACAGGGGGUCACCCCUCUACACCUUGCCUCACAGGAGGGGCACAGUGAUAUGACCAGUCUGCUGCUGGGCAAGGGGGCACAUGUCAACACUCCCACUAAGAGUGGUCUGACACCCCUCCACCUCACGGCCCAGGAGGACAGAGUGAAUGCAGCAGAAGUUCUGGCCAAACGUGAUGCUAACCUGGACCAGCAAACCAAACUCGGCUACACUCCUCUCAUUGUUGCCUGUCACUAUGGAAACGUAAAGAUGGUCAACUUCCUCUUGCAGCAGGGCGCCAGUGUCAACGCCAAAACCAAGAACGGUUACACUCCACUUCACCAGGCAGCACAGCAGGGACACACACACAUCAUCAACGUCCUGUUGCAACAUGGAGCGACACCCAACACUACCACUGCUAAUGGGAACACUGCUCUGUCCAUUGCCAGGCGUCUGGGUUACAUAUCUGUCGUUGACACUCUGAAGGUCGUCACAGAAGAGGUCAUCACCACCACAACGACUGUGACAUCAGAGAAACACAAGAUGAAUGUUCCGGAAACCAUGACGGAGAUACUGGACGUGUCGGAUGAGGAGGGUGAGGACACUAUGACAGGGGAUGGAGGGGAGUACCUGAGAGCUGAGGACCUGAGGGAGCUGGGAGACGACUCUCUACCUGGACAAUACCUGGAUGGAUUCAACUACAUGAGCCACAACCUGGACAGGUCUCAUCAGACCCCUGUCCACCAGAGAGAUGGAGUCCUGAUUGAAGACAUGAUCACCAGCCACCAGGUGUCGUCUCUGUCCAGAGAGAAUGAGAAGGACUCCUUCAGACUGAGCUGGGGAGCAGAGCACCUGGACAACGUAGUGCUGUCAUCUAGCCUGCUGCACUCUGGCUUCCUGGUCAGUUUCAUGGUGGACGCCAGGGGUGGGGCCAUGCGUGGUUGCCGUCACAACGGGCUGCGCAUCAUCGUGCCGCCCAGGAAGUGUUCCGCUCCGACGCGGGUGACGUGCCGCCUGGUGAAGAGGCACCGCCUGGCGUCCAUGCCCCCCAUGGUGGAGGGAGAGGGGCUGGCAGGACGCAUCAUCGAGGUCGGCCCCACCGGGGCACAGUUCCUCGGUAAGCUCCACCUCCCCACGGCCCCGCCCCCUCUCAACGAGGGAGAGAGUCUUGUCAGCAGGAUACUACAGCUGGGGCCUCCUGGCACCAAGUUCCUGGGGCCGGUGAUUGUGGAGAUCCCUCACUUCGCGGCCCUGCGGGGCACGGAGCGGGAGCUGGUGAUUCUGAGGAGUGAGAUGGGGGAGAGCUGGAGGGAACAUCACUGUGAACACACUGAGGAGGAACUCAACCAAAUACUGAACGGCAUGGACGAGGAGCUGGACUCUCCUGAGGAGCUGGAGAAGAAGAGGAUCUGCCGUAUCGUCACCAGGGACUUCCCACAAUACUUUGCGGUGGUGUCGCGCAUCAAGCAGGACAGCCAACUGAUUGGUCCUGAGGGAGCGGUGUUGAGCAGUACUCUGGUACCUCAGGUCCAGGCUGUGUUCCCAGAGGGGGCUCUCACUAAGAAGAUCAGGGUUGGACUACAGGCCCAGCCAAUCAGCGUAGACCUGGUGAAGAGGAUUCUGGGUAACAAAGCUACUUUUAGCCCCAUCGUUACCUUGGAGCCCAGGAGGCGGAAGUUCCACAAGCCAAUCACCAUGACGAUCCCUGUCCCCAAAAGCUCGACCAAUGACGGGACAGGCAACGUGUUUGGAGGGGACACGCCCACUCUGCGUCUGCUCUGCAGCAUCACUGGUGGGACCACUCCUGCCCAAUGGGAGGACAUCACUGGCUCCACCCCCCUCACCUUCAUCAACCAAUGUGUGUCCUUCACCACCAACGUGUCAGCGAGGUUCUGGCUGAUAGACUGUCGUCAGACCCAGGAGGCUGUGAGUUUCUCUACCCAGCUGUACAGAGAGAUCAUCUGUGUCCCCUACAUGGCCAAGUUCGUCAUCUUCGCCAAGACGCUGGACCCCAUCGAGGCUCGCCUCCGCUGCUUCUGCAUGACGGACGACAAGAUGGACAAGACGCUGGAACAGCAAGAGAACUUCACAGAGGUGGCCCGGAGUAGAGACGUAGAGGUACUGGAAGGGAAGCCUAUCUUUGCAGACUGUUUUGGGAACCUGGUUCCUCUGACCAAGAGUGGACAGCAUCACGUCUUCAGCUUCUAUGCAUUCAAAGAGAACCGUCUCGCACUCUUCAUCAAGAUUCGUGACUGCGCCCAGGAGCCGUGUGGCAGACUGUCCUUCACCAAGGAGCCCCGCACCUACCGUAGUCUUACCCACAAGGCAAUCUGCAACCUGAACAUCACGCUGCCCACCUACUGCAAGGAGUCUGAUUCAGACCUAGACGCAGAUGACGAGGUAGACAUGGAGGAUGAAGAAGAAGAGGAAGAGGAGCAGGACAGGAAAGAGGAGACGUUGGCUAUCGUUGCAGACCUGCUGGGGUUCAGCUGGACAGAGCUGGCGAGGGAGCUGGAGUUCAACGAGGAUGAGAUCCAGGAAGUGAGGACGGAGAACCCUAACUCUCUACAGGAGCAGAGCCACGCCCUGCUGCAGCGCUGGGCUGAGAGAGAGGGAAAACACGCCACCGAGGAGAGCCUGAUAAAGAGGCUGACCAAGAUCAACCGGAUGGACAUCGUCCACCUGAUAGAGACCCAGAUGAACAAGUCAACACAGGAGCAGACGUCCAGGACCUACGCAGAGAUAGAGAAGACUCUGGACCAGAGCGAAGUUUCUGUAGCCCUGUCCUCAGUGCAGGAGGACGUAGACAGCCUCAGACUGGUGAGGAGGGUGGACUCUUCUCCCAGACCGCCCCCAGCCGUCUCAGAGGAAGACUUAUCAGUGGCCUCCCUCCUGGACAUUCCUUCCUGGGCGGAGCCUAUGGGCCACACCCACUCAGAGAGCAUGCAUGGGCUAUUGGAGGACCUGGAGAUCACAACGGAGCUGAGCCCGUGGACUUUGGAGGACACGGUAACAAGGGAGUCCACCACCGCCAGCGAGCAACAGGGUGAGAUGACAGACAUCCCUCCCCAGACUGUGACAGAGGAGCAGUACACAGAUCAACAUGGACACGCGGUGGUCAGAAAGACUACCCGUGAGGUGAACCGCCAGGUGAUGUCGAGUGAGGGGUCGCAGAGGGAGGAGGGGGGUGACUCCCCGGGGGAGGAGGGAGACGGAUACUCCAGAGUGGUCGAGAGGAGGAGCCACAGAGAUCUCUCAGAGGUGAGGGUGACGUUUUCUGAGCGUGACUCUGACUCAGCGUGGGGUGAGGAGGAAUCAGCUGAAGGUCACGAGGUCAGCCGUGUGGAGCGGAACGCAGUGGUGGAGGGGGAUUGGACCGAUACGCAGCACGGUGACCCCACCCUGACCUCUGACCUCCCAACGUCCCGGGACGACUUCACACAGGGCCAAGAUGUGUAAGGGACGUACCCAGAGACGGACAGUAGCGAGAGGGGAGGAGCCUGUGGUAACAGGAAACAGGUUCUCCUGGAGCACCUUCAUCACCUCAUCCACCUCUACUGUUAGAAGGUGGAGGAAGAGGAGGAGGAGGAGGAGGAGGGGGGAUGAGGAGGAAGAGGGGAGGAAAAAAGGAAUAACAGGCCUCCUUUAUCGCCUCGCUAGUUUCCUGUUUGGCCUCUGACCCCGCCCCUUUUCCCUGAAGAUCCACCAAUCCUAUGCAUCAGGCACAUGCAAUUCCAGAGUGCACCUCAGUCCUACCACCGUCUUCCUGUUUCAACAAUCUGUUUGGUCUUAACUGAUUCACUUAUUAUUAUUAUUAUUUAUUAUUUUAUUUCUUUCUGUUUUGUUUUCUUCUUUGUGUGUUUUUUUCCGUUUUUCAUUUUUGUUUUUUUUUGUGACCAAAGAGUUGAUGUUUGUUUUCCGUAUGUAUUGGAUCUUGACGCUGACAGACAUUAGUCAUAUAUGUGUUGUACUGCUAGAGUAGGUGGUUGGACUAACAUACGCUACGAUGUACACCUCACAGCACCUCACCUGUCUCUACUACUACAGUUCUUAGUUAUUCUUUACUACGACGUGAAAACUACAGCACUUCCUCAUGUUGACCUUUCUUUAAAAAAAAAGGUCAGAUAUCACGAUGUCACCUGUAGCAACCCUUAACCGUAGUCCUCGCUUCCUGCUUCCUGCUUCCUGUUGCUGGAGUGCUUAGUGUUCUUGUUCUACCUGUCUUCAGAAUGUAGCUAUAUCUAAAUAUGUGGUUUAAAAAAAAAACGUUUGUCAUCUGUAACCUAGGCAACCUUAUUAGUCCCCUCCAUUACCAGGUAGAGUAGGCAUGAUUGGUCGGUUAGCUGGUGACGAUCAUAGCUGGUGACGAUCAUAGCUGAGAUAUGGUUAAUUAUAUAUAGCCUUGAUCCUAUUUUCUCUCUCUCUCUCUCUCUCUCUCUCUCUCUCUCGCUCUCUCGCUCUCUCUCUCUCUCUCUCUCUCUCUCUCUCUCUCGCUCUCUCUCUCUCUCUCUCUCUCUCCUCUGUUUCUAUCUUUCUUCUCGUCUUUUAAACUCUCUCCAUGGUUUGUAACAUUUCCAACCUCAUCUCAUUGUUUGACGUGCGUGCAUGUGAAUUAGUGCAAGUGUGUGUGUGUGAUGUCAGACCUGAAUUGCUGCUAUGAAGGGAGUGGUUUGGUAAAAGCAGCAGUCUUCUCUGUUCAAUUCUUUCCUUGUUUUUUUUAAAGUUCUUCUUCUGUAGUUUCUGGUUCAGUUCACUAUCUAGAUCAGGAACUCGUUUUUUUUUUUGGUUUGUUUGAUUUGUUAUGGAGACUUGACGUUUCCUUUAUUAGGAUUUUAUUUAUUUAAUAUUUAUUUUCCCAAUGGUGAAUACGCUGUGUAUAAGUUGAUAAGGUGUGGAUCAUGACUGUCUCGUUUAGAAGCAGUCCUCUGAUAUGAAGAUGUCUGUGUCACGAAUGGCAUCCUAUUCCCUAUGCAGAAGCCAGAGGGCCCUGGUCUAUAGUAGUGUACUAUAUAGGGAAUAGGGCUCUGGUCCUAUAGUAGUGUACUAUAUAGGGAAUAGGGCUCUGGUCUAU